GCCUACCGCGACUUCUUCGUGUUUUUAAUCUCCUGAGUAAUACUUUGCUGCCCUCGGCUCUGACUCAUGUCUUUCAAACCACACAUCUCUUCACCUUCAGCCCAAUUUACAGAUUCGUUACCCUUGCAGUAGCUGCAUCCCUUCUACCUCAUUUAUAGUUCCCCGCAUUCCCAUAUAUCUAAGCGCUUGUCCGUAAGAGUGUUUGCCAGAAGAGCUUUUCGGCCCUCGAAUAUUUUUCGCAUCCAUCCACGAUGCGCGACCUCCGUAGACGGGCUCUUGAGAGCCACAAGACAGUGUCGCGCAAGGCUCGCACUUCGCAACAAGUCUCCACGGCGUCUUCAGCAGCAGGUUCGACUGCGAAUUCUCCGGCGCCGUCUCGGGCGGCUAGUCGCAACCCCAGUCGGCACCCGACGGACGAUGAGGACGAUCUCAGCGACGGUACAGCCUGGAGUACGAACUCCAUCGACGAGAUCCUCAACGGCGAAGAUGUCGAGAUUUCGGAAGAGGCGUGGAAAGCGGAGCUAAAUGUUCGCAUCGAACAGAUUAUCAACCUUAAGCGCAGCAGCACUGAAGGUCGCGCCGAUAGCCUAAAUGCCUUUGCACAUAUCAUCAUGGCGCGGUACGCGUAUGAACAGGUCGAGGAGCAUAUAAGCGCACUACUGCCUUCGAUUCUCAAGAGCAUCAGGCAAGAGACAACAGAGCGCGAGGCUGUAAAAGCCCUCAAAGCUCUCGCUGCUACUAUUGUGACUCUCAACUCUGCUACCAUAUACGACGACGUCACCGACCAACUCAAGCGAUCGAUACAGUCGUCUGCUUCUGUCGAGGUCAAGGUCAACGCGAUUCACACCCUCGGCAUCGCUGCCUUUUUCGGAGGAGCGGGUGACGAUGAAAUACUCGACAUCAUGGCACUCUUCCUGGAGAUCGUCGAGUCGGAUGGUGCUUCGGUGGAUGCUCAAGAUGAGGGAAACGUCGUAAUUGCCGCCCUCGAGAACUGGGGGCUACUCGCAACUGAGAUGGACGAUUUGGAGGCCGAGACUGAAACAGCCGUCGAAGCCUUUGUCGAGCAACUCGAAAGCGCAGACGCCGGCGUGCAGAUCGCGGCGGGUGAGAACAUAGCUCUGCUAUACGAGAAGUCAUACACGAUUCGGGAAGAAGACGAGGAGGCAUCUGUAGAUGAUGUCGACCCCGACCAUCCUGAGGCGGUCAAAGACGGUGAGAAGAUGGUCAAGCGAUAUACGGUCUAUCGAAGACAAGACCAACUUUUGCACACCCUCGACGAACUCGCCAAAGUCUCCACGCGUAGGAUUUCGAAGAAGGAUCGCAAGACACUGCAUUCCUCGUUUGCCGACAUCCGCAACACUGUUGAGAAACCAACGCGCGGGCCUGGCUAUUCCAUGGCGAUUGACCAAGAAACUGGGAGAGCUUACGGAAGUGGCAGGAUGAAGGUCAGGAUCAACCGUAGCGUUGAGAUUCGAAUCGACAAGUGGUGGAAAUUACAGAGGCUGACCGCCCUGCGGAGAACGCUUCAGGGUGGGUUUACGUACCACUACGAUCAGAACGAGGUCGUGUCGUUUGCAAUUCCGUUCUCCAUGGCUGCUCGACGGUAGUUUGGUUGUGGUUGAGACAGGAAUUAGGGAGUGUUUGCUCUUGGUUGUUCUAUUGAUACAAAAGCGUUGAUACCUGGUUUGCGACGGCGUUCUCGACUGUCUUUCUCGGUCGAUCAUUCAUGAUAUCUUUAUGUUUCUCAGGUCGAGUUCUCCUUGAUGAAUCAAUUGAAUCUAAUUCAUACGAAGA